AUGACGACUAACUCAAAGGUUCCACGAGAACCCGCGAGUACGGGAAUAACAGCUGUUCGCCGUGUCGCUAAAGCACUAUGUGCAAUCUCACAAAACUAUAUAACGUGGCCCAAUGAAAAUGAAAUUGAGGAAAUUGUUAAUGGCUUUUCUCGAACAAGUAGCUUUCCUGGUAUUAUAGGGACCAUAGAUGGAACACAUAUAAAUAUUCCUGCACCAAAAGAAAGUCCAGAAUCGUAUAUUAAUCGAAAGGGUCGUCAUUCGAUUCAACUUCAGUCUGUUUGUGACCACAAAAUGCGAUUUAGACACAUUUAUGUUGGGAAUGCUGGUUCAAUUCAUGACGCCCGAAUAUUUCGGUUAUCAAGCUUACAACAAUAUAUUAAUGAUGCAAUGAAAUUUCCAAAUGAUACACAUAUCAUUGGAGAUGGUGCUUAUGGAUUACACCAACAUCUUUUAGUUCCUUAUCCUGAUAAUGGCCAUCUCACAGAGCGUCAAGAGAAUUAUAACUUUUGCCAUUCCUCUGCCAGAUUGGUGAUAGAAAGAAGCUUUGGUUACCUGAAAACACGCUGGAGAAGUUUAUUACAUGUCUUGGCAGUGAACGACAUGAAGUUUGCUCCAUAUCAUAUAUUUGCAUGCUGUGUGCUGCAUAACGUUUGUCUUUUUCAAAAUGAUGAGCUAGAUUUACAAGAUCAGCCUAUCCUAGUCAGAGAACAACCAGAAAUAGGAGAAGAAAGAAUUAACAGGAAUGUUGAAUUUAACAGAGAUGCUGCAGUAAUAAAAAGAAAUAACAUAAGUGCAAAUUUAAAUAUGAGAUAUAAUAGGAGAUAA